ACUCGAGUUUGCUGUGAAAUAGUGGAAUUUUUAACUUUUUUCGUGUAUUUCGUGAAUUUUAUGAUAAAGAUGAAGACGAUAAGAGCAAAUUGGAAUCAUUUGCCUUUCCCGCCGUCAUUCCCGUUGGAAAAGUGAGCCGGGAAAGUGUAAAAAACUUGGAAAACCGCAGCGCGAAAGAUACACAAAACCGACCGGGCUGAAACGCCGGAAAAGGAUUCUAAAUUCUUUUACAACACCACCGGGACCAGCUCUUAAUCAAUCAAGUUUUAAGUUAUCGUCACGGCAAGAUAUCCUGCUCUUAAGAACCGACAGAUUGCACUUAAUCGGUCCAACUCACGCAUGAAACAUCCUCAAGUCCUCAAGGAAGUAACAGAACAAGCAAAAGAACAGACUCACGAGUGCUGACGAUGGAGGUGGACGAGGAUGGCGAAGUGUGUUUCGAAGAGGGCUACGUUGUGAGAAGCGCGAGUGAUCAAACCUGGAGCAGCAUGUUCGGAAUGUUGUCCACGAUAAGCAACCGAAUCACCGAAAUGCGAUCCAAAAUCAAGGCUAUCGACAGCAGACUAAAGACCUGCGAGGAGCAACAAGCGGAAAGUACGGAAAUCGUCGGGAGCGAGGUGGAGGAGCUAGCAUCUCAGAUGUCGGCAUUAAACCGUACUAUUGGAACAUUGCAAUUCGAUGCAAUAGCUGCACCGAUAACGGCGUUUAUAACGCCUGCUCGAUGUAAAGAGGAUCUAGAUGAUCUCGAAGCCAAGGCUAAGGACAAACAGUUUGUCAAUUUAGUUGCUCACACGUUUGCCCGCGAAUUCGGCUAUAACCGGCAAGGAGAAGGAGCCCAACUAUUUCCACUAAUAAUACACUAUUUCUUCGACAAGGAUUUCCUGAUGGAUUGUACCUGGUCCGGAAUACAUAGGGAAACGAUCAAGUAUAUGCCUCAAGGAACGAUCCCAAGUACUCCCAUUUUUAUCUACAGCAACCUUAGAGAAUUGAUUCAUGCUUGUGUAAGUAUUUCGGAUGAAACCUUUACACAAGCUCAGUGUGUGGCGAUGCUGCGUGCGAAUCUUAGGAGUUCCCGAAUGAAACUUAAAAGAAUAUGCACUCGGACGAAUAACAAGGCAAAGGAGAAUAUACCUUGCGAGGAUGUAGCGGUAAGAGGAAUUGUAGAAAAUCAGCUGCGACGACUACAGAAUGUUGUAGAAAGGAACGACGCUUAAGAGGGAAUGGUUAUGUUCACAGGAAAUAAAUUUAUAAGGACAAUAUAUAAGAAGAAUUUAAGCAAA